UUAGGCGUCAAAAAAAUAAUUUUCAUAAUCCUCAGAGUGCCCUAUUGUGAGUUGAGAUACCGGCGUUCUCGUAGUGAACGUUUUCAGAAUUUUAAACAACCAAUUUUAGUGAAAUAUAUAAAAACCUCGAGACUCUUACAGUUACGAGCAGAACAUCUUCUUCCGUUGAGUCUGCGGUAACUAAAAAUUUAGAGCGCUCCUUUAAUUUACUGCUAAAGUUCUAGAAGAAUCGAAAAGAAAAGAACAAUGAAUUUACCCGGGACUAUGAUACGUAAAAUUUUCGCUGUUGUUUUUUUACUAAGUACUAGUUUCGCGUGUCUUAUCACUAAUUGCCCACGUGGUGGUAAGCGAGGCGAAUCUCCAUUGCUCUCAAUGCCAAGUUUGAUUAAGGAAUGUUCGAGUUGUGGACCCAAUGAUCAAGGGCAAUGUUUCGGGCCUCAUAUUUGCUGUGGAGCAACCAUCGGCUGUUACAUAAAAGGCCCAGAAACUUAUAAAUGCCGUAAAGAAAGUCUUUACUCGCACCCUUGUGUCUCCGGGUUUGCGAUGUGUCGUGAUAAUACGGCCAGAUGUGCCGCCAAUGGAAUUUGUUGUUCUCAAGAAAGCUGUCAUGUGGAUCCAUCAUGCAGAGUCGGAGACGAAUACUUGAGCGAACGUAAAAUCAGUCAGGAAUUUUCAAGACUAAUUGCCGACAAUGAUCAACUGAUUAAUUAAUUUAUUUAUUAACUAACUUAAGACAAUUAUUAAUUAC